UUAACUUCUGAUAAAAGGUACAUUAAUCUUAAAUAAACAACAUCGGUCUGAUCGUUUCAGAAAGUUACUAGACACCCAACGAUAUUGAAUGUAUAAUACCUUUCUUAGAAUUUAUAAUAAUAUUCGUAUAUUUACUGUUCAUUUUUAUUAAGGAAAUGUUGAAAUUUCUGGUACUGAUUUCACUCCUGCCUGCGAUAAGUUUAUGUGGUAGCUGCAAGUCAAGUUAUUCUUCUAUAAACUGCCAAGAAAUAAGCCAAGAUGCCUUCCUGAUAGAGCUGUUUCGCAACAAAGAUUCAUUUUCUACUUUAAGAGAAAUUUUAAUUGAAGAUUCCGAUUUUUCCAGAACACAACCGUUUGUAGAUUUUUCAAACGAUUUGUAUCCAGUGCAGGUCGCCAUUACUUCUUUAACUAUUAGAAGAUCUAAAGUAGAUAAUGUCAAUAACGACACAUUUGGAGCUUUUAAAAAUGUGAACAAACUAAAUUUAAGUCAAAACAAUAUAACAGAUUUGGUUUGGUUGACUCGUUUACCAUACUACCCUUAUUUCAAACUAGAUAUAAGUUACAACAAAAUUUCUGAACUUGAUUUUAAUUACUUAAUGCCAUGGUCAUCAAUUUGGUUAAACAAUAACGAUAUUUCUAUAUUAAAACCAGCUUCGGACUACAAAAACAUUGAAUUCAUAGAUUUGAGCUAUAAUAAAUUACUCUCCUUCUCAGAAUUUGAGUACAAGGUAAAUAUACAAUCUUUAAAUUUAAGUUAUAAUUAUCUACAAAUGCUGGCCUUAAAAAGUAAUAAAGAUCUUUUAAAAAUUGAGGGUCACGGGAAUAGUAAUAUUUCGUAUAUUGGGACCAGCAACUCUUAUAGUGUUUCUAAUUUUUAUUCCAGUUUUAUACCUAAUAAUACUUUAAGCAUAAGAAACACAUUUAAGUUAAACUGGAUCGAUAUAGAUAUGCCAGUUUUGGAUAGUAAUAAAAUACCCAACAUACGCUCAAAUGUUAUUGAUUUUUCAAACAAUAACUUAACCAGUAUUCCGCAAAAUUAUUUUCAAUCUGCUAAAUCUUCUGUAUUUAAUUUGAGCUUCAAUAACUUUGAUGUAUUAUCUAAUACAGUGUUUGGAGCAAACUCCGUCAUCACUAGUAUUGAUCUCUCUUUUUCUAAUAUAAAAAAAAUUUGUAAUGAUUUUUUUAUAAAUUGCUGUUCUUCCAGUUACACUUACUUGUCUGUAUUUGUAAACUUGAGUGGAAACGCCAUUGAAGAAUUAGAUGGAAUUUGUACGAUAGUACCGCUACUGAAAUAUCUAGAUCUUUCUUUCAAUAAAAUAACAAAUUUAUCUCAAAUAUCAGUAUCAAAUUGUUCAUAUUUAUCUUCGUAUAAUAUUUCCAACAAUUUUAUAAACGAUAUUCCUCCAGGAACUUUUCAAGAAAAAGUACCUAUAGAAACCCUUGACAUUAGUGAAAAUAAUUUAUUGUUUAUCAAUGAGUCAACCUUUAGAAACCUUAGAAGCGUUCUAAAAAUUAUUAAUCUAAGAAAAAAUAAUAUUUCGACAGUUGGUAACAAAAGUUUUUAUGGUUUUAAUUCUUUAAAAACUAUUGACCUAUCAGAAAAUAAAAUAAAAAAUAUUGAGCAGUACGCUUUUUCGAAUUUGAAAAAUAUCUUUACAAUUAAUUUGUCUAACAAUGCAAUUGAAUUACUAGAAAGCUAUACCUUCUACUUAAUUAGUGUCCAAAAUAUCGAUCUUCAAGGUAACCCUAUUCAUUAUAUCAAGGAAAAAGCUUUUUCUAACUUAAAUUAUUUAACAUCUUUAAAUCUUUCGAACAGUGCUAUAGCCAUAUUGGAAAACGAUGUUUUCUCUAGUUUGCCAGCAAUUCGUACCAUAGAUUUAAGCAAUAAUUACAUAGUUUUGCUGAAUAACUAUACUUUCAGAAACUUACCUGUACAAAACAUUUAUUUGAAUGAAAAUAAAAUAGAAUACGUUUCUCAAAAUGCUUUUCACAAAUUGAAUAAUUUGAAAGAAGUUAACUUAGAAAAUAACAGUUUACAAGGAAUUGGAAACUUAUCGUUUUACAUGGUCAAUAUAGUGACGUUACUUCUUAAGUCAAUAUCAAGUCCAAUAAUCUUGGACAAUACCGUUAAAAUUGACAAAUUGGCAAUUCAGUUGACUGGUACAGUAGGGGAACGAUUUAUUUCAAGUGCUUUUCUUAAAAAUUUAACUAUAAUAAAUUCUCGUAUAGAAUUACUAAAGAAUAAUUGCUUUGUCAAUUUGCCACUAUUAACAUCUCUAAAUUUAAUUAAUACAACAAUUGACGUUUCUGAAGAUUAUGUUUUUAGCGGUUUAACGAGUUUAACUUAUUUAGAUGCAUCACAAAUAUUUAAAAAUAAACAGUCACUAAAAGAAUACACAUUUAAGGAUAUGCGUAAUUUACAAGUUCUAAAUAUCUCCAAUUCUGUUUUAAAUACAAUAAAAAAUAACGCAUUUGCUGGACUUACGAAACUAAAAGAAUUACAGUUGCAAGGAAACAAAUUGACAGUUGUUGACUUAACGGCAAUCACUAACGGCUUAUCCAGUUUAAUCAAACUUAAUCUUAGCUCGUCAACUAUAAAAAACAUCCAAUCGUCAGAAGUGGGAAAUCCGAAUAAAGUUAAAUAUUUAGACCUAUCAAAUAAUUUUAUUAGAUAUCUAAAUUCACAAACAUUUACGUUAUUCGAAAAUUUAGUUGAGUUGGAUCUUCAUAGCAACGAAAUCUCAUCAAUUGGAUACCAAACUUUCUUUUACACAAAAAAUCUUAAAACACUGAGAUUAGAUAAUAACAAAAUAUAUUCUUUGAGUACUGGUGUCUGGGCUGGAUUAGAAAAUUUAUCAUUCCUUAAUAUAUCUGAUAAUGUCAGUUUGUUUCCUUCCAGUACCUAUAUUACCAAUCUGUUACCUUUUGAAACUCUUGAAAAAUUAGAAACGUUAUAUAUAGAUAAUACGUCUUUGACAACAAACAGGUUUGAUCAUACAAACUUUAGAAAAUCGUUUCGUUAUUUAUCCAAAAUUGGUAUUAAUGAUAAUCAAUUCACUUGUAAUGAUUUAUUAAACCUAAUAAUAUAUCUCAAAAAUAACAACAUUGACUACACGCCUUAUAAUCCAAAAUUUGAUGUAAAAAAUUUGAAUGGUUUAAUAUGUACUUAAAUAGAGACCAUGUUGUAGAAACCUAACAACAAAAUUAUUACAGCAUCAUGUAACAUAAUUGUAAGGAAAGCAUGUUAUAUUUAGAAAAUGAACAAAUAAAAAUGUUACGUUAUAUAA